AUGUGCCCCGAGGCGCCAACCUUCGUUGAGGCCCCAACACCUCAUGCCGACCGUCUGCGGUACGUCGCCGACGACACGGUGUCGUACGCGACGGUGAAUGGGCGGCAAUUGGCGUACCUACGGAUGAAGUGCGGCCUCGGCACUUACCACCAGGCUGCCUCGACUCGUCAAUUAGGCUCCAUGGUAAUAGAAAAGUGUGCUUUUGCACUUAAAACGUCGCAGCGCGCGGUGCCGCGCCGGGAGCAGAAACCCCGACUCUUCGGCCGCUCCCACGGCCUCAGGGCACUCCUCUGGUUCGCGUCGAUGGCCCAUAGACGGGGUUUUGUGCCUUCGUAG